ACACUUUAUAUAUCAUAUUUUUGAAAAAUAUAAAAUUUGUAAUAAUAAUUGUUAGAUUUUUAAAUGUGUCAAUUUGUUUGUUGGCUGAGUUAAGUGAGUUUUAUUCCCUUCCAACAAAACCGAAAUACAGAGUAUUGUUUUCUCCAACUUAUUCCUUGACUAAAAUCGCCUAUAAAUAAAUAGAAGUAACAAGUAUCAUACCUUGUCAUAAGUUAAUUCACAACUAUAUCUAUAUAUACAUCUUCUUAGCUAGCAUAUUACAAAACACAAUUAUAUACACACUACAUACUUUAUCGUAAAAUUAAAAAAAAAAAAACCCGUAAAAAUACAGCUUUAUACAUACUCUUAUUUGCUUUGUGUCAUUCUGAAUUUGUAAUUUUUGUAUAACUAUGGAAGCUUAUUAUUAUUCUACUUCUGAUUCUUCUUCUUCAUCAUCCAAGUCCAUGGUGGAAUCAAAGAAGGUAGUGAAACCUGCAUACCCUUUUCAACCGCAUUCCAUGCUUCAUUCAGUGAAGAAAUCUCAAAGCAAGCCGUGGAGGAAUAAGUUACACGUGGCACCGAUGCCGCCGAGACCCGUCAAAGUUUACAAAGUGGACGCCGUGAACUUCAGAGAACUCGUUCAGCAGCUUACCGGUGCACGUGCCAUGGAGCAGUUCAUGAAACCACCUCAGAGCGUGGCACGUGCUGAAACAGAAACUAUUCUUACUAAUAGUUCCAAUUCCAAUUUUGUUGCAGAAGCAGAAGUGUGCACUAAUAAUAAUAAUGAUGAUGAUAGCUGGUACUCCAACCGGGGUUUCCAAGAUGAUGGGCUAAUGGGAAGAUCACCUCCUUAUUAUAGUAAUUUAUGGUGUAACUUCCCACCUAUUAGCCCAGGAACCUUGAGUAGCUUGGAAUCCAGCAGGAUUCUGUUGGGGCUAGCUAGUAAAAUCGAUUGUGUGGAUAGUUGAAGGAUUCAACACACACACUGUUAUUCCUUUUAAAAUUUCAAUUGUAAAUCAGCAAUUAUUUCUGGACUCUGUUGUAGAAGAAUAAUGCUGCUGAUUCUCCAACUAUUUUAGUUAUAUUUGUCUAUUGUUUGAUUUUAUCCUGAUUUUGUGUAAUUGCUAGUGUUUUAAUUUGUUGUUUGAGA